AUGUCCCCGACAACAGCCGCGAGGCCCAAUUUCCUCAUCAUUGUCGCCGAUGAUCUGGGUUACAGCGACAUUGGGCCCUUUGGCUCAGAAAUAGAGACUCCAGUCCUCGACAGACUCGCGAGCUCUGGUGUCAAGCUGACCAACUUCCACACCGCAUCGGCGUGCUCGCCCACAAGGUCCAUGCUGUUCUCCGGUACCGACAAUCACAUAGCAGGUCUUGGCCAGAUGGCGGAGUUCAUGAGAGAUGACCGCUAUAAUGGUAAGCCAGGCUACGAGGGAUAUCUCAACUUCCGAGUGGCCGCGCUUUCCGAGGUGCUGCAGGACGCCGGCUACAGCACAUUCAUGUCCGGCAAGUGGCACUUGGGUCUGACGAAAGAAACCGCGCCCUGCUCCCGGGGCUUCGACGAAGCGUAUGCGUUUCUGUACGGCUGCGGCAACCACUUCAACCACGAGCCUCAGCUAGAUGACCCUGCCGCCGACCAGUUCGGGCCAAUGUCCAGCGGCAAUUUCUGGAUGGAAAGCGGCCAGUUCCUCGACCGGCGGCGUGAUAUUCCAGAACAGUUUUAUUCGAGCACGUCGUUCGCGGACAAGUUGGUCGAUUAUCUCGAUAACCGGACAGACAAGACGAAACCUUUUCUGGCAUAUCUGCCCUUCACUGCACCGCAUUGGCCCCUUCAAGCGCCCAGACAAGUCAUCGAAAAGUACAAGGGGUUCUACGAUGAAGGGCCCCACGUUCUAAGAGAGAAGCGUCUGAAACGCCUCGUAGAGCUGGGCAUCAUUCCGGACAAUGUUGAGCCUGCAGACAUGACCGUGGGUGCAAAGCAUGAAUGGGAGCAGAUGGAUGCGGAGGAGCGCGCCACGUCGGCCAGGAAGAUGGAGGUGUACGCUGCCAUGGUUGAUGUCAUUGACCAGAGUAUCGGGCGCGUUGUAGAUUAUCUCGAAAAGACUGAUGAGAUCGACAACACCUUCGUCCUGUUCAUGUCGGACAAUGGGGCCGAGGGGUCGAAACUCGAAGCCGUCCCUCUCAUGGGUGGAGAGACGACAAUGGGCAAGGUCAUCGACAAGUACUACGAUAACAGUUUCAACAACCUUGGAAUGAGGGAUUCCUAUGUGUGGUAUGGCCCUGCCUGGGCUUGCGCCUCAAUGGCGCCCUCGCGUGGUUUCAAGAGCUGGAUCACUGAGGGAGGCAUUCGAUGCCCUUGCAUCGUGCGCUUUCCCCCAGCCGUCACCUCAACCCUCUCACAAACGGACUCCUUCUGCACCGUCAUGGAUAUUAUGCCUACGAUGUUGGAUCUGGCUGGUAUCCCCCCACCGAGCAAUCCGUUUCAUGGCCGUGACAUUGUCCCUAUGCGCGGCUCAUCCUGGGCUCCCCAUCUCAGCGGACAAUCUGCCUCAUUCCACGAUGAGGAAAAGGAGAUCACAGGUUGGGAGUUAUUUGGACUCCGCGCAAUUCGCGAGGGGCCGUGGAAGGCGAUCUACAUGACCGCCCCGAGAGGCAGUGAUCAAUGGGAGUUGUAUAAUGUGGCUCGAGACCCAGGCGAAGUCCAUGACGUCUCCUUGGCAGAACCAGAAAUCUUGAAGAGACUGAUAGAGCUCUGGGAAGUAUACUACGCAGAAACAGGCAUGUUUGACCCAGGGCAGGAUUUCAGAAUGGUGAAACAUAUAUAA